UGAACCGCGCGGUCACUCGAAGUACACGCGGUGAUGCUGCUGUAGCUGCAACACUUAUAUGACUACACAACACAUUAACACACAUUAACGCAAAACCCGCUUACACUUCAUCGAAUCUCGGCGCUGUUAUCAAACAACGAUUGUUUGCUCGUGUAUGCUAUUCGUGAUUCGUCUUGGUGUACUUGAUACCAUUUUUAGCUAAGUGAUUUAAAAAUUCGUUUUCAUUAGAAAUUAUUUCAACUUUCCAAUAAUUUCAUGUUGGUCAAAGUUACUUUGAUUUAGUGUGCUGCCGCGUUAUUGGAUUAUUAUUCAACAUUUUGAGGAUUUUAAGAUCAACCAAUCUCUCGUCCGAGUAUGUUACAAGGCAUAAGUAGAACCGAACAAGCCGGCCUGUUGCCUCAUCAUCACCAUCACCAUCACCACCACCACCAUCAGUCUUUGGCCGCUCACCACGGGAUCGGUACAGGGUCGGGCUGGCCGCCGAAUCACCACGACGAUCUCGCUCAUAAGGGACACAGUGGUGUUAAUCAGUUGGGAGGAGUGUUUGUUGGUGGUAGACCAUUGCCAGAUUCCACUAGACAAAAAAUAGUCGAAUUAGCUCAUUCAGGAGCUAGACCUUGUGAUAUAUCUAGGAUUCUUCAAGUUUCCAAUGGAUGUGUUUCAAAAAUUUUAGGAAGGUACUACGAGACUGGUUCUAUCAGACCUAGAGCAAUUGGUGGUUCUAAGCCUAGAGUAGCUACCGCCGAAGUAGUAUCAAAAAUUUCUCAAUAUAAACGUGAAUGCCCGUCCAUAUUUGCAUGGGAAAUUCGUGAUCGGUUGCUACAAGAAGGCGUCUGUUCCAACGAUAAUAUACCUAGCGUCUCGUCCAUCAAUCGCGUUUUGAGAAACUUAGCCGCCCAAAAAGACCAACAAGCUCCAACGUCGGUGUCUCCAACUUGCAGUUCAGCGGAUGCAGUUUACGACAAGUUGAGGUUAUUAAACGGGCAAGCUGCUGGGACGGGAACGUGGCCAAGACCAAAUCCAUGGUGCGUGGGAACCGAUUACUAUAUGUACCCUCCGACGUCUGGUGACAACCCGUUCAUGCCUCUGCAACCAUCCGGUCGUUUGAGUCCAAACACUGGCAAUUGCACUGUAUUGCCUGACAUUCUCGACAAAAAAGUUUUAGAUUUAGACGGCGGAAUGGGUUCGGACGAGACUUGUACUUCCAUUGGUGACAAUUCCAAUCACGACGGAUCUCUGGGAGGAUGUGCUCCUGGAUCAACAAACGACGACGACCAGGCGAGACUUAGACUCAAAAGAAAACUGCAGCGAAACCGGACGUCAUUUACGAACGAGCAAAUAGACAGUCUGGAAAAAGAAUUCGAACGGACUCACUAUCCAGACGUGUUUGCCAGAGAGAGACUUGCCGGCAAAAUUGGGUUGCCCGAAGCCAGAAUUCAGGUUUGGUUUUCUAACCGUCGCGCUAAAUGGCGAAGGGAAGAAAAGCUUCGGACACAACGUCGCCCCAACUCCAACCAAAACCAACAAUCGAUGGACCCGCAGAAUCAACAACAGCAGCAACAGCAGCAAACGUCUCCUAGUCGGAUGAACGGGUUCACAACGAACAACAACACCGAACCUAAUCCUAACAUGUACACCACGAUUGGCGGACACGACGCUUUUGGGCCAAUGUCAAUGAACUUCGGCAUGCCGAGCAGCAAUAAUGAGAACGGGCUGUCCCUGUCCAUUAUGCCGGGACAUCAUUCGAUAACUGGCGAUCAACGAGACGCAUACGGUUGUAUGUCUAGGCCGACGUAUGACACAUCUCCGCCAUUAGCUAUUGGAACGCCAGGAUAUUUACGACCGCCAUUGUCACCGACUCCGAACAGUAGUCCACCAGCUCACCACACCGCAUAUCACCACCAUCCCCCACCAUCAUCAAUUAACGGUCACCAUCCACAUCAUCAUGCCCAUCAUCAGUAUAACAUGAACAGUUCUAACUCGACAGGUCUUAUAUCGCCCGGUGUAUCAGUACCAAUAGCUGUUCCAGGACAUACAACAGACUUAUCUGCCCAAUACUGGCCACGUUUGCAGUGACGCCAGGCUGUCAAGUAGAACAACAACAUUGAAUUAAAAAAUAUUAAAAUCGUGCAAUUUUCAACGAUAUUUGGAGUUAUUUAAUUAUAAAUGUAAAUAGUAUAGUAAUAAUUAUGAUUGUAAUUUAAAAAAAAUUAUAGCUUAAUAAAAAAAAACAAAAAUUGUACAUAAAUU